AUGGAGAAGAUGCGAACGAUUGGGCCGCCGUAUCGAUGCCAGACGUUGGUGACCAAGUCAGUUCUGGUGGCCUUGAGCCAUUUGUCGGAGUUGAAUACUCUGAGAGAUCCGGAGGCGGCUGCGGCGGGGAUGCUGAACGUGUUCGUGGCGCCAACGGGACGACUGCAUCAACCUGUGAAGGAGACUCUAUACGACUAUCUAUACGCACCUAUCCGGUCCAUGAGUUCCGCUAUGACCGCUUCCGAAGCUCUCGACUGCCGGAAGAUGUACGAACAACUUCGGGCCAUGGUCAAGAAGCAUGGCAGCUAUAGAUCCCUCCUACCCAACGGCCUGCCAAACCAACUAACGGAAGACAAGAAAAAAAACCAAGUGGCUCCCAGAAAUUCAGUCACCCAGGUCUUCAUGUCUCAACCACAAAUCGGCACUCGAGGAAGCAUCGAACCACGAGGUGGUAUGGAACCACGAGGUGGUGUGGAACCACGAGGUGGUGUGGAACCACGAGGUGGUGUGGAACCACGAGGUGGUGUGGAACCACGAGGUGGUGUGGAACCACGAGGGGGUAUGGAACCAAGGGGGGGUAUGGAACCAAGGGGGGCCGAGCACCGGCAUAUUCCUCCACCCCCGCCGCCGCCGCCGUUGCAAAAGCCCUACGAGCCAGGGGAUGAAAGUAGGCAGCCCGUGAGGCCUGCGGCCGCGGGUCACCCCGCUUUAGUGCAUGGUGCUGGUGAGGGGGCAAGGUCUUUUCUAGACCCCAAGUACGAAGUUCUGUCGGGUCGGAAUGAAAUGCCUACUACCGCCAGAACCGAAUCUUCGAGGACUGUGCCGAUGGACCAAGGGAGUCCGGCUGAUCAGAAGGUGUGUGACCAGAAGGUGUGUGACACGCGAAUGGAUGGGGAGCUGAAGAGUGCGGAAAGGAAGAGUUCAGAGAAGAAGAACUCGGAACGGAAGAGCUUGGUACGGAGAGUAUCAGAGAGGAAGACCUCAGAUAACAUUCCGAGCAUUCGCUAUGGAGGUCCGGAUGAUGAGGGUACCAAGCCGGUUGGCCAGGACGGGGAGUCGCUUUGUCCUCCUCACGGGGAUGGCGUCAACAGGGAAUCUGGAAGAGAGUCGAGAGAAAGGAAGGAAUCGGGAGAUCGGAACGAGUCUGGUGAAAGGGAGGAGUCUAGGGAGGGCAAUAGCCUAAGUGCUGUCGAAUUGCCCUACACUAAAAGUGAGCUCAGUUGGUGUAUGAGUGCCGCGGCGUUUCGUCGAUUCCAAAGACACUUACAAAAGCCUACUCCCAUGGCCGCCGAGGUAUGGCGUGCUACCGAUUACGAAGAUCCGGUGGAGUGGCUGGAGCAGACUACAGGUAUCCAGCGGACAACCAAGCACUUCAAGAACGCAAGACCACCUCGAACCAUCCGGGCCAUAAAGCCAAGACAGUAG